CGAUCGAUCAAACGCCUGCGAAGUCGAUCUCCCGCGCCUUGAUCAAGGUCCGAUGAAACACGCAGAAUACGUGCAUGAUCUGGUCCGAUUGGACCUUCGGAUAUCUCCAUGUCCUCCUAGGGACCGGUGAGGCUCUGUACAGGGUGUCUGUGGUACAUGGGAUGGAUGGAUGGAUCCCUGGCUCCCAGCCGCCGCCACCGGAGCAGAUCUUCCGAAGUGGAGCUCCCCCGCAUAUCACAGCGACCCCUUCUUUCUCUUAGGGUCUUCUUGUCUCUCGGAUCUUGCCGACGCUUCCCAAUGCCCAGGCGACUACCCAGCCAGCCUCGCCAGCCUUCAGCAAGUGGCACAGGCGCGCAAGAUACUCGCAACUGGCUUGCGUGGGUCUCUGCGGUCAAGUCUGCUGCCCGGGCAGCAUCUUCCGUCCGACGGAAAGAAAGCCUUGGAAUCCUUGACCUCGUGUCCGAGCUUGGGGACGACGGCACCCGUUCUUGCCGAGCAUCUCAAGAUACCAGCGAUCCAGGUUGCAUGCAUGUUAGCGACACUUUGAGGCACCAAACCAACGGGCAGCCACUCUGUGGCAACCCGCCAGACACGGGCGCGGAGGCACAGGCGGAAGCACACGCGACGAUCGCAACUGGGCCUGUCAUCAGCAGUCGCCGUUAAUUGACGUUCCAUGCAAAUCGGGGACACCCGGCCAGAUGAGAACCGUGUGUAAAUAGUAACCUCAAAACGGUCACCAACAGAACCGUGUCGCGCUGGCCGGCGGUAGAGUAACGUAACAUUGCU